AUGUCUGCCACUCAAAAGAGGAUUGCAUUACCAGCCCGUGUCGAGCCAAAGGUUUUCUUUGCCAAUGAACGUACCUUCCUUUCAUGGUUGAAUUUCACCGUUAUCUUAGGAUCUCUUGGAGUUGGUUUAUUGAAUUUUGGGGACUCCGUUGGUAGAAUUUCUGCUGGACUCUUCACCUUCAUUGCCAUGCUCACGAUGGUUUAUGCAUUAAUUACUUAUCAUUGGAGAGCCAAGGCCAUUAGAUUGAGAGGAUCUGGUCCAUAUGACGACAGAUUUGGACCAACUAUGUUGUGUUUCUUCUUACUUGUUGCAGUAGUGGUUAACUUCAUCUUGAGAAUAAGAGCUUAA